GUUUCAUGGGACACAACACAUAGGCUCUUUGCAUUUAAUUUGGAGUGACCUAGACAACUAGUUGUCAAUCAAGACUUCUUCUUCUUCUCCUUGUACUCUCUUCUCCUCCUCCUCCUUCUUCCUCCUUUCUAGUCCAUUUCAUUGUAAUAAAUUCACACUUCUAGCACCUUUAAUUUAUCCUGCUUGUCUGCAUAAUUAUUUGCAGCCAUGGAUAUCGUGACCAAACCAACAUUAAUGCUUCUUCUCUUCCUGUUCUUUUCUCUCAAGACCAAUCUCUCUCUUGGAGCUGAUACCAUCUCCGCAAAUGAAUCUCUCUCUGGAGACAAAACCGUUGAAUCCGGAGGUGGGGUUUUUGUGCUGGGAUUCUUCAAACCAGGUAAUGCUUCAAAGUACUAUAUAGGCAUGUGGUACAAACAAGUCACUCCCCAGACAGUUGUUUGGGUGGCAAAUAGAGAGAAGCCAGUUUCAGAUAGAUUUUCUUCAGAGCUGAAAAUCUCUGAUGGGAAUUUAGUUCUUUUCAAUGAGUCCAAAAUCCCGAUUUGGUCCACUGGUGUGAACUACACCGGCUCUGCUUCUGUGCAAGCAGUUCUUCAUGACAAUGGAAACCUCAUCUUAAAUGAUGGAUCCAAUUCGUCAAUAUCUUUAUGGCAAAGUUUUGAUAAUCCUGCUGACACAUGGUUGCCUGGUGGUAAAAUUUCUUACAACAAAAUCACCAAAAAACACCAGCGUCUCACUUCAUGGAAGAAUUCCGAGGACCCUGCCCCGGGCCUCUUCUCUCUUGAGCUUGACAUAAGUGACAAUUCAUAUAUCAUUCUCUGGAACAUGUCAAACGAAUACUGGACAAGUGGAUCUUGGAAUGGGGAUAUUUUCAGCGGGGUGCCUGAGAUGAGGCGCAGUUAUAUCUAUGAUUUUGAGUUUGUUACGAAUGAUAAUGAAAGCUAUUUCACCUAUUCGGUCUAUAACACCUCUGCUAUCAAAAUAUCCCGGUUUGUGAUGGCUGUUUCGGGGCAGGUUAAGCAGCUGAAUUGGCUGUCUAGCAACGGAUGGAACUUGUUUUGGUCUCAACCGAGACAACAAUGCGAGGUUUAUGCCUUUUGCGGGGCAUAUGGAAGCUGCAAUGAGGACUCAUUGCCGUUCUGUCAGUGUUUGACGGGGUUUAAGCCAAAGGUGCAGAGUAAUUGGGAUUUGGAGGAUUAUUCUGAUGGGUGCUCGAGGAAUAUAGAACUUCAAUGCGGAAACAAUAGCGUUGCUAAUGGUGAGACAGAUAAAUUUCUUUCAAUAUCUAGCACGUCAUUACCGGAAAAUCAACAGUCCGUACAUGUAGGGAGUUUAGGAGAAUGUGAAUCGCAUUGCCUAAGUAACUGUUCUUGCACCGCUUAUGCCUAUGAUAGCAGUGGCUGUUCCAUUUUCACAGGAGAGCUCCUAAAUGUGAAGCCGCUUUCAGCAGAUGACGGCAAUGGAAAGACUCUUUAUCUUCGAUUAGCAGCCUCUGAGAUUCAGAGUAGUGGUAAAGAUAAUAAGGGAACCGUUAUUGGUGUUGUAGUGGGAUCAGUUGCAGGGGUAGCAGUUUUCCUUGCUGUUACUGUGUUUUUGAUUUUGAGGAGAAGAAAGAAAACGAUUGGAACAGGAAAAAUGGAGGGUUCAUUGGUGGCAUUUGAGUACAAAGAUUUGCAGAAUGCAACCAAGAACUUCUCAGAGAAAUUGGGUGGAGGUGGCUUUGGUUCAGUGUUCAAGGGGACAUUAGCCGACUCAACUGUAGUAGCUGUGAAGAAGCUUGAAAGCGUUAGCCAAGGAGAGAAGCAGUUCCGAUCAGAAGUCAGCACAAUUGGAACAAUCCAACAUGUACAUCUUAUCCGACUUCGUGGGUUCUGCUCCGAGGGUAAUAAAAAGUUGUUGGUAUAUGACUACAUGUCGAACGGCUCUCUAGAUUCUCACCUUUUCCAUGGAAACAAUUCGAAUGUCUUGGAUUGGAAAACAAGGUACCAAAUUGCUCUGGGGACAGCAAGAGGGUUGGUUUAUCUUCAUGAGAAAUGCAGAGAUUGCAUCAUACACUGUGAUAUCAAGCCAGAAAACAUCCUUUUAGAUGCUGAGUUUUGUCCAAAAGUUGCAGAUUUCGGGUUAGCCAAACUCAUUGGAAGGGAUUUCAGCCGGGUCCUGACAACCAUGAGAGGAACAAGGGGUUAUCUUGCUCCGGAAUGGAUUGCAGGCGUGGCAAUAACAUCCAAAGCUGAUGUUUACAGCUAUGGAAUGAUGCUUUUUGAAUUUGUAUCAGGAAGGAGAAACUCGGAGCAAUUUGAAGAUGGGAAAGUGAGGUUUUACCCAUCUUUAGCUGCAAGCGUGGUUGUUGAAGGGGGAGAUGUGUUGAGCCUAUUAGAUUCAAGGUUGGAGAGAAAUGCAGAUGCGGAGGAGCUUGAAAGAGUUUGUAGAGUUGCUUUGUGGUGCAUCCAAGAUGACGAAGCUCGAAGGCCAUCAAUGAGUCAAGUAGUUCAAAUCCUCGAAGGAAUCACGGACGUGAAUCUGCCACCAAUUCCACGGUCACUCCAAGUUUUUGGUAACAACCAUGACAACGUCAUUUUCUUUACUGAGUCAUCGUCAAGCCAGAGUUCUCAGCCACGGAGUAACGCUUCAACUGCUUCCUCUCAUACCAAGAGUACUACCUCUUCGAUGAGCUCCAAGACCUAGACAGAAACAGAUAGGAGCAUCUUUGCCCUUGUUAGUUUCAGUCUCUGCUCUCAGUCUUUUGUUGUUCUCCCUUCUUUUGUGGGUUAUCUUUGAGUCAAUUGAAUAAUACAAUAUGUGUAUGAUAUUAGAAGCUCUAUCUGUAGAAUUGAAGAAACGGAUCCAACAAAAAGAUGGAAAGGCCAGCUCAUGUUUUCAUAAUCCAAUUAGCUCCUCAAUCUGAGCAGAAUACUAUCAGAACACCUUCAAGCCGAUAAUAUAGUUUUCAAUCAUGGCCUCUUAGUUUAUCUACGAUGGUGUCUGUAAUUUUUUUGGGGGUCUUUCUUCCCGAGUCUCUGGUACUGUAAUAAAGCAUAUGUUGUUUUCAUUAGA